AUGCCUGGCGACCCUCUUUUACGUCCAUAUUAUGACCAUGAUACCUUCAAUGCAGGGUAUCUGGUCAUUUUCAAACCCGGUGUGGGUCUCAUAGACACAGCUACAAAUAAACCUAUCAUCGCAUCCUUUGGACAGUCUUUAGGGAACUCCUUAGCCGGAAAGGGCAUUGGUAUCCAUACACACAGGCCGAAUGGCUCCACUGCGGCUAUUGCUAGUGGAGGCGACAAGAACUAUGUUUACGAUUUGGAGUUUCUGGAGUAUUUUGACUUUAGCAACCUUCUGGAGCUCCUCAAGAAUCUCUUCUGGAACUUCUUCAAGAACUACUGCAAGGUGGUUGUAUCGCAGCCAUUGGAGAUAGUCAGAUUAGUUCUCCAGGUGGGCUAUUUUGACUUCUCGCAGGCGCCAAAACCCAAGGAGGUCAAGAAGCACCGCAGGCUUGCUGAAAGCUUGGAGAGCUCCAACAACUCCUUGCCUGAAUUGGAGUCAAGCUCGGAGGGCGAGGAAGAGAUUGACUUCUUCCAGCUGACCAGGGAUGUAUCGUCUCCUAAGAAGAGCACGUCCUUGUCGAGCUCCAAGACAACUUCCAGACCAUCCAAGAUCCAGCCCAUCUCAAGACACACUGUUGAUAUCAUGACAGCAAUCGCAUCCAAAGAUGGCCCCUUUGCUUUAUUUCGAGGAGUCAAUGCUUCUUUCAUCCAUCAUACGUUAGCCCACACAAUCGAGGCAUGGAUCACUGGCUUCCUUUCACCUUUCCUCGGUAUCCCAGACCCCUUCUUCCUUGAUCUCACCCAUCUGACCGAGCCUGCCAAAUCUCUUUGGCUUUCAGUUCUGGCUUGUGUUCUAGCAGGUGUUGUUUUGAUGCCUCUUGACCUUAUAAAGGUGCGUUUGAUGCUUACUCAGUUCAACAGAGGCGUGCCACAGUCGGAAUCAACGAGCAGCUCCAGCUCUCCAAGUCCUUCCGUGCACGAAGAGACACAGCCCGUUGUCAACACAAGAUCUGUAAGAGAGUCUUUCAGAAACUACCCUAUCAAAUACCUCUUGCACCCACCACCCACCAUCACUUUGUUGACGGUCUUGCAUCAGUUCUCCACGACGGUCUUCAGAAAAGCUUCGCCAUACAUUUUGUUUAUACGCUACAACGUGGACGCUUACUCGGCACCCAAUUGGUACACCAUGGCCAAUCUUAUUCUACUGAUUGCAGAGCUUUUUAUCAAGCUACCGAUGGAAAACUUGUUGCGCAAGGAGCAGGUGCGCUUCUUGUUGAAGCCAAAGUCACUCGAGGAAGACAAGUACCGUGUUGUGACUAUCGACAACCCAGAUGAAGACCUUAUUGUGAAUUUCAACAGCUGGGACGCUGCUCAUGCGAAUGCCGAAAGCAGUGGCAAGCUUUCCUACUGGCAAAGAUUCAAGAUCCUUGGUCUUUUCAACGGUUGGAGAGUCGGUGUGCUCAACGUGAUCGGAUUUUGGGGCUACAACAUUCUCCGGUCCAGCGAAGUGUUGACAGAGGAAAAGUUGUAG